AUGGUCAUUGAUCCGCCCGAGCCGGUUGCUCCCAUCACUCCACUAACUACAUCCACAGCUACAGCAACGACGGUAGUAGCAACAACACCAGUAACAACACCAGCGGCAACACCAGUGGCGACACCUGCAGCAACACCAGUAACAACACCAGCAGCAACACCAGUAACAACACCAGCAGCAACACCCGCAGCAACAGAAACAGCACCACCACACACUACUUCUGCUACUACUUUAACAGAAACCAAAAAACCUAGUAAAGAAGAAGAAGACGCACGAGUAGCAGAAGAAAUCGACCAUUUGAUGAAGACCGUGAAGGGCCUCCCCGAUUAUUACAAACUCAUAGAUAAGAUCGGCGAAGGUACUUUCAGUACCGUCUACAAGGCAUUGGAUAUCCGUCGCGAUUUAUACCAUAAUGGUGAUUGGGAGCCACAAUUGAUGGAAUCGGAGGAAGAACAAAAGACCAUGAACCAAUAUGUAGCACUGAAACGUAUCUAUCAUACGAGUAGUCCACGACGUAUUGCUAACGAGGUGUAUAUCCUUCGCAAGUUGAUCGGAAGUCCCUGUAUCUCACCCUUGAUCACGGCCUUUCGACAGCAGGAUCAGGUAUUUGUGGUGAUGCCUUAUAUCCCUCAUGACGAUUUCAAAAAGACCUUUCAUGAAAUGCCCAUGCUCGAAAUAAAAUCUUACAUGAAGGCUUUACUCACAGCACUGCAUUAUUUACAUAAACAGAAUAUCUUGCAUCGUGAUGUUAAGCCAAAUAAUUUCUUGUACAAUCGUCGAAAAAGAACGGGUUACUUGAUUGAUUUUGGACUAGCCGAGAAUGAAGAAGAAGGUAGAAAGCUGGAAGAAUAUACAGCCAAAGUAGACGCGAAAUCACAAAACAACAUGUUUAUACAAAGUAUAAUGGGUUAUGUCAAGAACGAUGCUCGACACCAAGUGAGGGCUAAUCGUGCUGGUACGCGAGGAUUUCGUGCCCCCGAGAUCCUAAUGAAAGUGACACGCCAGACCUGUGCAAUUGAUAUUUGGGCAGCAGGCGUGAUUCUUUCAUGUUUUUUGACAGGAAGAUAUCCCUUUUUUUUGGCCAACGAAGAAUCGGAUGCCAUGAUGGAACUAGCACAAAUCUAUGGAUACCGAGAAAUGAAGAAAUGUGCCAGUAGUCAUGGACGAACAUUCUCUACAAAUAUAAAUAUCCCACUUUCAAGGAUACCUUGGUUUAAACUGGUAGAACAUUUAAACAAGGAAGCCAUCCAAUCCUGGGACACCAAAGACUAUAAAGAUGCGCUUGAUUUAUUAGACAAGUGUAUGGAUUUAAAUCCAAAGACUCGAAUUACAGCUACAGAUGCAUUACAACACCCUUUUUUCUCCUCUUAA